UUCAUUUUUUUUAACACUUUUAAAAGGUGCUGUGUACAUAAAGUUAUUAUCAUUAUGAUGAUGUAUGUUUGGUGCACCUGAGUGUGCUCACAGGUGUCAGCAGGUGGCUCCUCUCUCCUCUGACUCCGCCCACCUCCUGCGCAGUAUUUGCCUCCAGAGGAGCAGAGCACCUCCCUAAAGUCGGCCGCGCUUCCUCCUCCGUGGAAGAACUCCUCCAACCAGACUUUCCUCUCCUUUGCCCACAGAGGAGGAAGUUGAACUGGGGCCGAAGAGAAAAACAACCACCUGAAGAAUCCCCGCGCGGUUCUUUUAUUUAUUUAUUUAUUUAAAGAAACUUUUAAUUAGUUUUUUCUCUAUUCUCCGCGAGUGUUCGGGAGCGAGUCUCCCCCCUGCGUGAUCCAGGAAGAUGUCCGUCCAAACGAACCGCACGACGAGGACGACCUACCGGACCGUGAACGUGGCCUCCCCGGAGCCCGUGGCCAGCACGGUGACUUCCAGCUACCGGACCGUGAACGUAGCCUCCCCGGAGCCCGUGGCCAGCACGGUGACUUCCAGCUACCGGACCGUGAACGUAGCCUCCCCGGAGCCCGUGGCCAGCACGGUGACCUCGAGCUACCGGACCGUGAACCUGGCCUCCACGCAGCCCGUCAUCUCGAGCGGGUCGGUGUCCCCGGUGCAGCCCCUCGCGCUGAACGGCUCCUACGAGGGGGUUCGGUACCUGGUCCCCAUGCAGCAGCAGCAGCAGCAGCUGCAGCAGCUCUCGUACUUCCCGGUGCAGCAGCAGCAGCAGCUCUCGUACAUCCCGGUGCGGCAGCAGCAGCAGCAGUACGUGUUCAUGCAGCAGCAGCAGCCCAUGAUGCAGCAGGUGGUGUCCCCGGUGUACAUGCAGAGUCUGCCGCGGCUGAGCGUCAGCAGCCAGGACUCCACCGACCUGGUGUUCCAGCAGCAGAGCGCGUACGAGAGCGCCAGCGGGAAGUCGUCGGUGUUCAGCCAGUCGUCCAAGAGCCCCGAGCCGAGCGCUGAGGAGGAGGAGGAAGAAGAAGAGGAAGAGGACGAGGACGAGGAGACAGUGGAGCUGGAGGAGGUGGAGAUCGUCCACGUCAUUCAGCAGAAGCCGCCGCCGCCGAUCGAGAAGAUCUCCAGGACGGAGGUGAGGCGGACCGAGCUGAGGGAGAUCCCGCAGCCGACCAAGAUGGACACGCGCUACUUCGGCGAGCUGCUGGCCGAAGUCUACCGGAAGAACUGCGACAUCCACUCCUGCAUCUCCGAGCACGUGUCCAAGAUCCGCGGCCAGAAACACCAGCUGGAUACAUCCAAUGACUACAAGGUGGAGAAAGAGGCGGUGGAGGCGUCGCUGCCCAAAGGAGCCACCGAACUAACCAAACAACAAAUCCGCUACCUGCUGCAGACUCGUCUCACGGCCGAUAAGAGCAUGCGUCUGCUGCUGUCCACCUUCAGCAGCCUGAGAGAGGAGCUGCUCCACAUGUCGGAGGACCUGCGGCGUCUCGAGGCGGAGAAGGAGUCUCUGGAGAGAGACCUGAGCUUCAAGGCGGACCAGGCGCAGCAGUACGACUGCCUCCUGGUGGCCGUCCGGGAGAACAACAGGCAGCUGCAGGUGUCUCUGAAGGAAAGCAGCACCGCCCAGCAUUCCCUGGAGAGCCAGCUCAUGGGCGCCCAGAGCAACGGCUCCAGCCGCGACUUCAAGCUCAAAGAGGUGGAGGGCCGGAUGAGGGCGCUGGAGAAGGAGAACGAGAUGCUCCGUCAGAAGCUGGCCGGCCAGGGCAGCAGCACCACGCUGCACCUGAAGACCGAGGAGCUGUCCCGUCAGUACAAAGACCAGCUGAGCGCCAUGAAGCAAGAGAAGGACCUGGAGAUGCAGAGGCUGCGGAGCCAGAUCACCAGGAUGCAGACGGAGACCGUCACCAUCGAGAAGUCGUCCUCGGACCAAAGUCUCCACCUGAAGAUCUCAGAGAUGAUCACCAUGCUGGAGCAGCGGCAGACCAUCAUCAACCAACAGCAGGAGGAGAUCAAGAGGCUGAUGCAGGCGGCGAACAGCAGCUCCAGUAACCAAGUCACCAAAACCAUCAUCACCAACAGCUACAAGAACCGGUACCCGCUCCUUGGUCUGCUGGGCGACGACUACCAGAGCACCUCGCCCGUCCAAGACGGCAAGACCAUCGUCAUCGAGAGAAGUGAAAGAAAGAUGGUCAGGAACUGAACAGGAAAAACAGGAAGAAGACCUGCAUCCCCCCCCCCCCCCCCCCCCUCCCCCCCUCAGGGCUCCCACGGUUGGUGGCGGUUAAAUGGUUAUAAAUGGAAUAUAAUAUUAUUAAGUAUGUUUUUCUUUAGUCUUUUUUUUUUUUUUUUUUAACUUUAGAAUGAGCUGUUUAUAUAUAAAGUUUAACGUUUAAGAGAGUGGGUCCUCUUAUGUUUAUUAGAAUGAACAACCCAACGCAGCCUUUCACAUCCAACUGAAAACGUCUCAACAAACAUCCCAAACCGGCUGCUGAUUGGCUGUCGUAGAACGAAAUACCUCGGGAGGAAUAAAUAAAUACAAAAUGGGUACGAGGUUUGUUUUUAAAUAAAGGUUUAACUCCUCUAAACAUGUGAUUCUGUGAUUAUAACGCGAGAAAUUAAAUUUAAAAUCUCAAUUUU